CAACUAUCAAAUUCUUCAUCAUUGUUGAUCUAUGCCAUCUGCUGUAUGUCGUGGUUGUCGGAGACCAUUGUUUAAUGAAAAUAAUGGAAGAAAUAUAUUUGACGAUUCCUCCUUAAUCAAAUCUUUUGAUUGCUAUGACUCUUAUUAUAACAAAUGGUACAUGAAAUUAAGUUGUGGUAUAGAGUUAAUUACUGGACAAAAGGAAAUAAAAGAAGAGAAACUGCCACAAAGAUUAUGUCAAGUUUGUUUUCAAAAUGUUGAAAGCUAUAUUAAUUUUCGAUUUGAAUUGUUAAGAUCUAAAGAUAUUUUUCUUUCAUCAUAUGAAGAUAUCGAAGUUAUAAAUGAUACCAAACCUGUGGAUGUAAAAAAUGUAUUAUUAAAUAAUUUAAUUCCAAAAGUUAAUAUGAAUGAUACCAUUAAAAAAUUACCUGAAGUUCAUUUAUAUCAAACUGAAUUUAAUAAUUCUUCUAUGUUAUCAAAUCUAAAAAUAAUUAAUUUCAUGUCAGACGCAGAACUUAAAAACGAUUAUGAAAAUAAUAAUCUUAACCAUUCAAAUACAUCAACUAAAAUUACAAAUAUACCAGAAAUUAAUUUUCAACAAUCUGAUUAUGAUAUAGAAUCUGAAAUAGAUGUAUGUUCAGGGGAAGAUGAUGAUGUUUUUGUAUUAGACAUUCAAAAACUAAAAAAUGAAACAGUAGAUAUUUCUAGUUCAUCAGAAUCUGAUAUUGAAGUUUGUGAUUACAAACAUAAUGAUAAAUGAGCAAUUUAAAAUUUUUGAACGGUAAUGAAACUUCAAUAAUGUAGUAAUUGUGUGCUGUGGAUUUGUAUAUGAUUGUAAGGGACUCGUCAUUUAAGAUAUUUUUAUCAUCCAUAGUUAAUUACUUUUCAAACCAAUUAUAGAAUAUAUUGCUA